CUUGUUUAAAAGAGUCAAAACCAAUCACAGUCAAACACUCGUACACAAAACACAAACACAUACACUCGAUCCAUCCCCCCUUCACACCAACCAUGUCUUCCCUAUCCCUCCUCUCCCGUCCGCCCUUCUCCUCCACCCUCCUCCGCCACCACCACCACCGCAACCCCACCACCACCACCCCUCGCUUCCUCACCAUCAAAGCCUUCUCUGCCCAAACCCCAAUCCAACCCCUCACCCAAGACGAUUUAAAAAAACUCGCAGCCGACAAGGCCGUAGAAUACGUCAAAUCCGGCAUGGUCCUCGGUCUUGGCACCGGCUCCACCGCCGCCUUUGUCGUCGCCAAAAUCGGUGAGCUUUACGCCUCAGGCGAACUCAAAGACAUUGUAGGCGUACCCACUUCAAAAAGAACCCAAGAACAAGCCGCAUCCCUCGGCAUCCCCUUAUCCGUCCUCGACGAUCACCCGAAGCUCGACCUCGCUAUCGAUGGAGCCGACGAAGUUGACCCGGAUUUGAAUUUGGUCAAGGGCAGAGGUGGCGCUCUGCUCCGGGAGAAGAUGGUGGAGGCUGCGUCCGAUAAGUUCGUUGUGGUUGUCGAUGAUUCGAAGCUUGUUUCGGGCUUGGGUGGAAGCGGAUUGGCAAUGCCGGUUGAGGUUGUGCAGUUUUGUUGGAAGUAUAAUUUGAUCAGGCUGCAAGAGUUGUUUAAGCAAGAAGGGUGUGAUGCUAAGUUGAGGUUGGAUGAUAAUGGGAAGCCUUAUGUUACUGAUAAUAUGAAUUAUAUUGUGGAUUUGUAUUUCAAGACUCCGAUUAAGGACGCUUGGGCUGCGGGUAAAGAGAUUUCCGCGUUUGAAGGAGUGGUGGAACAUGGGUUGUUUUUGGAUAUGACCACCGCAUGUAUCAUUGCCGGAAAAGAUGGAGUUAGUGUCAAGAGCAAGUAAGAGAUUUGUAUGUUUAAAACUUCAAAUAACCCAUGAUGUAACUUGAUAUCAUGAUUCAUGAAACAAUGUAUGAUGAUUACAGAUUGAAAUGUUUGUUUGUUUGAUUCGGUUUUAGUUUUCGGAAACAGCUUCUUUGUUUUCGAUCAGUUUGAUGAAGUUUGCAACGAUUGUUUUUC